UUAAAAAGUAUCCAGUAUUAAAUAAUGUGUUAUGAAAAGUAUUGAGUAUUUGAAAAUUUUUAAAAAGAAAUAUAUUUUACUUAAUACCAGAGUUCAUUUCAUUUUGAAAUAAGUCAUUUUUGAUGUUUUAAAAUAAAAAAUACAAAAAUGGAAAUUGAAAUGGAAAUGGAAAAUAUUUGUGCAAUAAAGGUGGAGUGGGACAAGAACUCGGUUUUAAAGCUAAUCAAUCUGUGGCAGGAAUAUCCAUGUCUUUACAACCCGAGGAACCAAUUAUACCAUAACAAGCAUUCAAGAAACGAAGCUCUUGAAAAAAUUACUAAAAAUUUGCAGGAAUUAAUUCCAGAUAUUAAAGUAAAUGAUGUAAAAGUAAAAAUAAGUUAUCUAAGAAGCCAGUACGCCAGAGAAAUUCAAAAACAAAAAGAAUUCACAAGAAGUGGAAUGGGUACCGACGAAGUUUACGUACCGUCGGUGUACUGGUAUGAUGAACUUAAGUUUUUACGUGAAUAUAUCAAAAUAAGAAAGGGGAAAAACAGUUUAGAAAUGAGCCAAAUAAUUUCCGAUGAAGAUUCCUCACCACCAAAGAAGAUUUCAUUAGAUUCAACUGUUCAUGAAACAAAACGCCAAACAGUUGAAUUAAGUGAAGAAGAUGAUGCUUUAAAGGCAGCAACAGAAGCACUUAAAACGCUAGCAAAUAAAAAGCAAAUUGAUCCAUAUAUUGAAAGCUUUUCAAAUUUCGUUAGAGAACAUUUAUUGUCUAUUGAAAACGCUCAAGAAAGAAAAACACUGAUUAAAAAAAUUAUGACGCUAAUAAUUGAACAUAGCAAUUAA